UCAAACCAGGGAAUGUCCAGUUAAAUAGUUCAGCAGUGAAUAAGAAAGCGUGUAAGGGAAAAGUCAUCACCUUUAACUGCUCGGCUGAUGCAUAUCCAGCAGUGACAUCAUACCAGCUGUUUGAGAACGAACUUGCCAUUUAUAACACAAGUGCUGCAGGAAUGUGGAGCAAGACUUUGGAAAAUGAAGGAGUUUUUGUCUAUAAAUCUGUGGCGAACAACUCUCUUGGAUCAGGAAACAGCAUUAGUGGUGCUAUCACUGUAAAUGUUCCUUCUUCAAUUAUCCAAAUAACACAAGAUCAGAAUGUAACUGAGGGUGUCAAUGUGACUCUUACGUGUAAUGUGUCUGGAGUGCCUCCACCAAUAGUGUCUUGGAUGAAACCUAAUGGUGAUCGUCGUGUUGGAUACCUGUUGGAGGUUACAAACAUUAACAGAAGUGAAGCUGGUGAAUACAAAUGUGAAGCCAGUGAUGAGUGUGGCAAUGCAACAGAGAUGGCAGAGAUUGAUGUGCUUUAUCAACCCGAAUUCACCAGCGUCAGUGAUGAUGAAGUUCUUGUUGAAGGUGAAGGUGACCCCAGUGUUACCUUAGAGUGUACUGCAGAUGGUGAACCAACACCAAACAUCACCUGGACCAGAGUAUAUGACAAUGGAAGUGAUGGUGGUGUACUGGCAACUGAGAGUCAGUUUGUCCUUGAAAACAACAGAACUAAAAGUGAAACAUAUCGCUGUACGGCAUAUAAUGGGAUAGGAACUGCACCAAAUCGCACAGUUAAAGUAGAAGUUAAUUUUAAACCAGAGAUUGUCAAGCCAUUGGUGAAUGAUUCAACUGUCUGUGAAGGUGAUGUCAUUAGUAUCACCUGUUCAGCAGACAGUAGACCUGCAGUGCAUACUUAUCAGUUGUUUGAGAAUGGAAUACUAGUUGCUGAUGGAAACAGCUCAGCUGGGGUGUGGAUAGUAAGGAGGGAUUUAAAAGAAGGAAACUUUAGUUACAGAUGUGUGGCUAAUAACACUAUCAGUACAUCUGAGGAGACUGUCAAUAUCACAGGGAAAGGUACGGUGUGAGAAUGUGGUUGUUGA